AUGGCAGCUAUUUGGUUACGCAUAAUUAUGACUUUGUUCUACAACGCGCAUCAAUCUGACAGGCUUUUCAAGUACAAGCAAAGUCUCCCCAGCUUCGCUUCUUUUUGUCGAGAUGCCGCCCGAAGUCUUGGCCAGCGCUCGCGGCCAAAACAAAACGCAGCAAUUCCAAAACGAGAGCAUUUCAAGACGGAUCCUGACUGGAUUCGUCUUCGGUUGUCAAAGCGGUUCAAGCACCAAGUCAUUCGCAUUGAAGGCGAAGCCCAGAACUGUUGCGUUUUGUGUUGCCAGAUCAGCCAUGAUGUUGAGAACGUUGGUCACACUCGAAAAGGCUUCAUAACACGCUUCCAGUGCAGCGACUGCAAAGUAGCUCUUUGUCAGGUGGCUCGAUGGAAUGGUGAGACUUCGUGCCUCGAGAAGUUCCACUCGGACAAAGAGCUCCCCGACCCGUGCAAAGGACCCGAGCAGGUGAUCUCAACUCAAGUGCACACCAACCGAGCUCCGCCGCCAUCGCGCAAGCGGCAGCACUCAAUUGAAAUCCCGAAUCGACGUGCAAGCAGUACUCGCCUGGAGAUCAAGGAACGCAGGCGAUCGCUGCGUUUGAGAGAGCUGCAAUGA